AGCAGCUCACCAACAGCAGUAAAAUACGAGUCAUUAAAAGAUGAAACAAAAAGAUGGUAAAUAAAAUACAACACAAACAAACAAACAGUAAAAUAUCCAUACAACAGAAUAAAUAAUAAAUAGUUGUGUAAUUGUUGAACAGGUGCCCCCUCCCCCCAGGUGCCCCCACAUGAUAAUAACGUGGCUCCGCCCCUGUCGGCUACAUCAAUGGAAAGGUGACGCGCUCCGCAGCGCGUGUGUUCCCCUCUGUUGCGCCGUCUGCGCGCGCUCCGGCCGCGCUGCCGCACACCAAUCAGCUGCUGGAUGGAGCCGAACUCACGCGGGCAGCUCUGCCGUGCUAUGGGUCCAUCAUGGAGAGAAGACGGGGACUGAUGUCGACGAUGAGCCCGACAGAUCCGCAGCGAUGAGCUCCUCCUUUCCAAAAUCGGAAUCCACGACAUCCUUGCUGAAAUCCUCCUCGGCGGCGAGGAGACCCGCACACCUGCCAGACCGCACCGCAGACAGCCGGAGAAGUCAGCACCACCAUCAGCACCAGCACCAGCACCAGAACCAGCACCAGAACCAGCACCAGCACCACCACCGUCCCGCCGCACUCCAGAGCAGCAGCAGCAGAGCGGAGGAGUCCUUCUGGUCGGCCGAGUGCGACAUCAGCGCCCGGAGACCCCUGUGCCACCCGUCGCUCCUCGGCAGCCAGGACAGUCACAAUGCAGCCACACGGGGCAAGUGCAAGUCACACGCCCCUCACAGCCAAGUUCCCGACCCGCCCGAGCCGAACGGCGACGCGGGCCGAGGUGUGAGGGAGCGGUGCCGGUCCUCCAAACCCACACACCGGCACCACCACCGCCGGAAGACCCACCGGGAGGAGCGCCCGCCGGCGGCGGCAGGACCUCCUGUACCCGAGCAUCCCCGGCGAUCCCGCCCGGUCCCCAGGGUGCCCUCUCUGUCGGACAGCACCGACGACCGGGCUCCCCUCUGCGAGCCGAGGGACCACAAAGGGGCCAGCCUGGCUCACAGCGGGGGUCAGGGCAGCAGUCCGUCCCCGUCCUCAUGCUCCCUGGUGCCGCUGUCCAGCAGGUCCUCCAGGCGCUCCCGGAGGUCCAGCGCUGCCUCCUCCGCCUCGGACAUCAACUUACGCACCAUCCUCAACUCGCUGUUCGGACAGAUGCUCCAGGAUGCUGAGCGGAGGUUCAGAGGGGUGCUGUCCUGUCAGGAGAUGGGCCAGGCAGGGUAUCUGAGGCCUUAUCAGGAGUCCAUUGUUUCCGUGACACAAAACUGUGUCCUCGUCACCAACAUACUGGGGCAAACCUGUGUCUUCCUGAGAAAUGGCAUGGCCACGUGCAGGCAGGCUGACAGAGAGCUGCGGCCAGAAGAGAUGGACGAAUUGCGGGACGCUUUCAAAGAGUUUGAUAAGGACAAGGACGGUUUCAUCAGCUGUAAAGACCUUGGAAACUGUAUGAGGACGAUGGGAUACAUGCCAACAGAGAUGGAGCUGAUCGAACUGAGCCAACAGAUAAACAUGAACUUGGGAGGUCAUGUUGAUUUUGAGGACUUCGUAGAGCUGAUGGGCCCAAAACUUCUGGCUGAAACUGCAGACAUGAUUGGAAUAAAAGAGCUAAAAGAUGCAUUUAGAGAGUUCGACACUAAUGGAGACGGUGCUAUAAGCACGUCUGAGCUGCGAGAUGCGAUGAGGAAGUUGUUGGGCCAACAGGUGGGUCUGAAGGAAGUAGAAGAUAUCCUGAGGGAUGUUGACUUAAAUGGUGAUGGGCUUGUUGACUUUGAAGAGUUUGUGCGAAUGAUGUCUCGCUAAGAUCAUGAAAUGAUCGGCCCUGAAUGUGAAGCCACGUCCUCCUCUACGAGGACACGCUACGAUCUCUGAGCCACCCGAAUCUGAAUGACACUGGAAUCAAAACUCCUUGAAUGUUACGGAGCGAGGAGUCACCUCACACUUUCAAACAAUAAGUGUUCUUCCUGAAAAGUCUCCAGUUCAACCGAGGCAGAAUUUGCUGUAGCCUAGCGGAUGAUUGUCCAGCUUAUGUUUUUGCACUUUAAUUCUCACUAAAUAACUUCCUGUGUGGAUAGAUCGCUGGUGUCUCGUCUCAUCCUCUACAUGGUAAAAAAAAAGAAGAAAUAAGUGUCUAGCAAAAAUGUCGCCUUUGAUGUACAACAGAGUCGGGAUGAAAGAGUAUCUGUAGAAAAGAUGUAAAAGGUCAGUGCAGUGUUGAACGUGUCGGUGUGUUGUCGCACAGUGUGUGUUAUAUUAGAAAGUGUUAGUGGAACGUCCUUCGUGUGACAUUGGUGCUCCAACCAGGAACCCAUGUGGCAAUAUAACACCUCCAUUGUUGCUGUGUGACCAUCUGUGAUUCGUCACUGUGCCAGUUCAGUCCGAUAAAAAGCAUCAGAGUCUGACAACUACAUGCAACGAAGAAAAAGAAGAAGAAGAAGAAGAGCUCAAUGAAAAACAUUUUGUAUAUGUUGUUCACUACAGACGUAGAUCGAGGGUGAUAAUCACAGAUCGACAUGAUGCGCAGUCAUUAAAGGGGCAUUUUGUAAGAUUUGGCCAGACUUUAAGUACAUUUAAGUCUGCUGUAAUUAGCAUGCAGCUAACCCCGCCUGGUUCGGUCUUGUAAUACAACAUUGUACUUCAAGAGGUGAGACAGCCCCCGUAGUUUCAGCUAGAUGAUGUAAAAGCAGCAAGUUUGCUACUCAAUCUAAAAUGUCAAGAAUGGAAAGAUGUUGACACCUUCUUUCCUCACUGAACAGAAAAAUACAACCAAACACCGUCUGAAUUCAAAUUUCUCUCUUCUGCUGAACCUGAAUUGGACAGAAAUGGGAUAAAAUUCAACACAACAGUUUUGGUUUGAGCCUCGUCAUGCCUCUCCUGUCCUGGACUGCCAUGAAUCCUCAUCCUCAGAGACAUAGUCGUCUUUGGAGCUGCUGUAAAUCACCUCCAUACUGUAUCCCCUGUCUUCAAACUGACCUCCGUCGCUCUCCGAGGCUGCGAUCGGUCCCAGCCUGAAGUCUAGCUGGGUUCACCUGGAGGCGGUUGUUGAGCUGAGCCCCCUCAUCAUCUGUGCUCACAGUCGUUAGCUUGCUGACUGCAGCUUGUCGCGACAGCUAACAAUAGCUGGAGCAGAGUAACAGGUAGCUAGCUUCAAAUUCUGGCCAUUCCUUACAGAUUACACCUUUAAUCCACAUGUCUGUUCUUAGAUGAUCCACAUUUCCCCGUCUGAGCUCGUACAGUAGGAACAACAUAUGUGAAGUGUGCAGUGGUUGUUGAUUAUGUUGUACCUGUUCUGUUUGUCUGUAUGUCACUAUGAUUGUAGUUGUGGUAACGUUCCACACAUCUGUUCAGUCGAAGCAAUUUUUAUGCAUGCCAAAGAGAUAAACAUUUAUUAAAUUCAGUAUGCACAUUUGCAUUUUUGUCUAAUAAAGUCAACAAAAAUAUUUCGCCAAGUAAAUGUAGAGAAAUAAAAAAGGUGUUUACAUUUGA